UGGCGUCUGAAGGAGUAGUAAUUGUAAGUUCGGUUACAAGACUACACAGCCAUUCGUUUUUGUGGAUAAGAUAUUUCUAAUCACUAAAAUCAACACACACGCACCAAAAAAAUCCUUAAAGCAAAACACACAUUUCACAGUAAAGAUAUGAGAACUCUUACCAUUCUCCAACAGAUAGCACCAUCCCACAUUACGAGACCAAGCCCAUGGCCACAGAUCCACCGACUCCUCCUCACUAAUCGCCCCGAGACGCCGUUCCCGUCGGCGCGGAAGUGGCAGCUCCAGAGCGGCGCAAAAGGCUUCACCAGCAUACCAAAUGGCGGCGAAUCCGUCUCGAGAAAGGGCGAGAAUAGCGGCGGCGGAGACGACGACGACGAGGAUAAGAUAUCGGAUGCGGUGUGGGAGAGGAUGAUCAAGAGAAUUUUGUCCUCCGUCGGGGUGCCUUUAGCGAUUGGAUUCGCCCUGCUGAAAGGCUUCGAUGUGGUGAUAGAGAAUGGGUCGUGGAACGUGCCGAAAUGGCUGCCAUUUGUGACUACUUUUUUUACAUUCGGAGCUUCAGCGCUUGGAAUUGCUUACGGCAGUCUGUCGACGAGCUUGAACGAGGCGGAGGAGGGAUCGUUGCUAGGGUUUGAACAGCUGCAGAAGAAUUGGGUUGAGAUGUGGAAGGAAGCAGACGCUGCUUGAUCUCAGGGUAUCCGCAAUAGGGGAGGACACUUCCCCUUCCCUGGGCAAGUCGAUUUUUUUUUCCUGAGCCACUUCUAACUUGUGACACAAAAAAAUCACAUGAACAGUGGCAUUUUUUUUGUCACAUUUCAAUUUAUAUCUUUUAUAUAUUUUAAUUCAAUUAUAAUUAAAAUUA